GAACUGAACUUUUCUGUACGGAAACAUGUUGAAAAAUAAUUAUUGAGUAUAUAAAAAUGGUAGAAAUGCUCAAAUGCAGAGGGUGGAGUAGCCUAUCUGCAAGAUCUUGUGUAAGGAAAUGAAUCUUUAGAUUCUUACUGACACUGAAUUGGGAAAAUCCUCCUCAGAACUCAGAAGGACUAUUCAUGGGCGAAUCUGACCCACCGAUCACCCACACCGCCCUUCCUCACCCACCCGAAACUGCCCAUCUUGCUCCGCCACCUCCUCCGGCACCGCCGUCUGCUCCUCCAUUAUCUCAGCCGCCAAAAACCAAAAAGAGGCCUCUUGACGUCGCACAUUUGCAGAGCACUCCUUACUUCAAGAUGCGAGCCAUAGUCAAAGAACUUCGACCCCAUGUCAUUGAGGUUCUCCGUAGUCCAGACUUCCGGAAUUGCAAGGCUGCUACUGAAAUUCGUCAACAGCUGAAUCUUUUGAUGGAUCUUUACAAAGAGACGACAGCAGAAGCACCACCACUGCCAAAGAAACUUAAGAAUGCAGCUGAAGGCCAUAAUUUGUUAGGGGAUACGCAGGAUGGACAGAAACCCGUGGAGAAGCCUCCACCAGAGAGACAAUCCGCCAAACCUUCUGAAGAUAAGCCAGUAUUAUCGGAAAAUCUCUCCCCAAGCCAGCAAACUGUAGACGAUCUUGAUCAGGGGACGUAUAUUGUUGGUGGAUCAGCGUUUGGGUGGAAUUUUGUAACAUAUCCUGGCACCAAACCAAUCUACUAUGGGCGAACGAAAGAGUGCUUUCGUUCUGCAAACCCACUAUCUCAAUGAACUGGUGCUAUAUAUAAUUCAGCAUCAAAGCCCAUUUAUGCUCAAUUGCUCACCACUAUAUAUAGUUUGGACACUAAUUAACAUAUACACUUGUCAGAUUGAACCCUUGUAAUAAUACUUUGUUGUUUUCCAUAUUUGGAUUAUGAUUAUAAUCUCAGAGUACACUUGUUGAUGCAA